AUGGGCCUCUUCUCCCGCAAGCCCAAGACCCCCAAGGCCAUCUCGUCGAAACCCAACACAGCAGGCGGCGAUUCGGCCAGUGUCAACUCGCAAGGCUCCAACCUCAAGAGCUCGUCGACGGUCAACUCUCGCAUGCUCAAUCGCACAUCCGCCGGCAGCGUCCCGCCCACCCCCUUAACGCCAAUGACGCCGCAUCUGCCCAAGGUCAACCUGCCCAAGCCGCCCGACCCUUCGUUGGACGCCGCCGGCUAUCUGAGGAGUCUGGGCGCCGUCCGCGAACGGUCCAAGAUCGUGACCGAGAAGGCCCUGAGGAACAAGCUCACCCAUUUUGACGUCGAUCUCGACAGGUUCCCCGACGUUGUCACCUUCGUCUGUGGUAUCAUCAAGCGCGACUACGAUGCCCCAUUCUCCUCCAUUCCCGGCCAUGGUCGAUACCAGCACUUCUGUGUAGGCGGUCGUGAUCGCAUCGCCACUCUCCUGUCAACCUUCCCUGAUAACGUCGACAACACUGAGAAGUGCCGCCGCUUAAUCGACUUGUUCCUCGUUAGCGUGCUGCUGGACGCCGGCGCGGGUACGACGUGGAGCUUCAAGAGUGCCGAGAAUGGCCGCAUUUACAAACGGUCAGAGGGGUUAGCCAUUGCGAGUCUGGAGAUGUUCAAGACGGGCCUGUUCUCGAGCAAUCCCAGCAACAAGUUCCAGGUGGACAAAGAUGGCCUCCGCUCAUUGACGGUCGACCAACUGGCCAGGGGCAUGCAGUCGCGCCCCGGCUGUGAGGUCGCCGGACUCGAGGGUCGGGCGCAACUGCUGAUGCGACUGGGCACCGCAUUGGCUGAGAAGAGAGACUUUUGGGGUGACAGUGGACGGCCUGGAAACAUGAUUGACUAUCUCCUGGCCCACCCGACGACACAGGCAUCCUCGACUCCCAUCGUGAUCUUGCCAGUGCUUUGGAACGUGCUCAUGUCUGGCCUAGCCCCGAUCUGGCCCGCAUCUCGCACAGCUAUCGAUGGCAUCUCACUCGGCGACGCAUGGCCGUGCUCGUCCAUGCCGCAACAAGCAACAUCGCCCAAUUCGCCGAGCUUCUCGCCCUUCCCCAACUCCCAAUCCGCUUCUACAACAGCGCCCUGGGAGUCCAUCUUGCCGUUCCACAAGCUGACACAAUGGCUCACCUAUUCUCUCAUGCAGCCCAUGCAGAGCCUGCUCAGGAUCCAAUUCGCCGGCACGGAGCUGCUGACCGGGCUGCCCGAGUACCGGAACGGUGGUCUGUUCAUCGAUCUGGGCGUGAUGACGCUGAAGCGGGACGAGACGGAGCGCGGUCUGCAGAACUACAGUGACUACUGCAGACGGACGGGCGAGAAGGGCAUCGAGGUGGCGCCCAUGUUUGAGCCGAGCGACGACGUCAUUGUCGAGUGGCGCGGCGUCACGGUUGGGUUUCUCGACAAGCUCUGUGCCGAAGUCAACAAGGCGUUGCGGCAGGAACUCAACGGCGGAGAGCUGACUCUGGCGCAGCUACUCGAGGCUGGGAGCUGGAAGGGUGGUCGUGAGAUUGCCGAGGUUAGCCGCCCGAACACGAAGGAACCGCCGAUCCUGAUCGACUCCGACGGAACCGUAUUCUAG